AUGGGAAUCGCUUUACCUCUUUCCCAUCUCGGUCUUCUCCUUCUUCUUUCAACCUCCUUCAACUAUGCCGACCAUUGGAAUCUUGUUUCUGCCGACGACAACAUAAUUCAACUCCAAUGCAACAACGUGGACGUCCCCUCAACGUGCAUCCAAUGCGUGAAAUCCGACCCCCGGAGCCAGUCAGCCAAUAAGGCAGGAAUAGCCGCCAUUGUCAUAACAUGUCUAAGCAACAAAGUCGGGAUGUUGUCGAGCAACAUGUCGGCUUUAGCCUCGGCCAUGCACGACAAGAAAGCGAAAUCGGUGUUACAAAGUUGCGAGAAAUGCUUUUCCGUGGCGACAACCCAUCUCGGCAACGCGACGAGCAUGUUGGAGGCGAAAGAGUACGACGGGACGAACGAGAUGGUGGUUGCGGCGCUGGGAAGAGAGGUGGACUGCAAGCAAAAUGCGAAGGCGUAUAAUGUGACGGUUCCUUAUGGUGUGGUUUAUGAUAUGAGGGUUUAUUUAGAACUCUCGGAUGCAGUAUUGAGAAUUAUUGAUAGGUUUUAG